AUGGGCAACGCUAGUAAUGCCCGCACGCGCCUAUUCGGUACGUUUGCCUCGACAGAGACCGGGAUUCUACCUGGUGAGAUGCCACCGGCAGAGGACUGGGGGUACUACCGCUAUAAUAAGCGCUUGGGACGCUCGUUCCGCCACUUCGCCGGCGACAUGUACGAGCUCGUACACACGCGCGACGAGGCUAUUGAGCCCUUCCAAGGUGUAUUCUACUCCCUUCCCAACGUGGACUCUUACUCGAUGCAUAUACCGCAUCCCGCCCGCGAGGGCUGGUGGCGCUCGGCCGGACGUGUGGACGACGUGGUCAUCUUUGCCGACGCCAAGAAGCUCAACCCCAUUCCUUACGAGGCAGUCAUCGAAGAGCAUCCAGCUGUUGCGACGGCGUUGAUCUGCGGCACCGGAUGCACAAGGCCCGCGGUGCUGCUACAACCAAGGCAGUGGCCGCAGAACGACGAGGGAGAAAACUGGCUGCUCGAAGGAAUAUGGUCGAGCUUCAAGCGAGCGAAUGAGGCAGGACCCGUUUACGGAAGAUUGACCAAAGAGUUGGUGAUCUUGACGAAGAAGGAGAAGCCAAUGGCUAGGGCUGGAGGUAAAGAUACGGUGCAGAGGAAGCGGAGUAUCGAGCUCUAUGAGAAGGAGAUAGAGCUAGCGUACCAACAUGCUGAGAAGCUUGGGUUGAUCUGGGGCGAGGUUGCGGAUGCGAGCGGGUUGCUUUGA